UCAUGGGGGCCGGGCGAGCGGUGGGGCUGCUGUUGGUUGUGCUACUGACGAUGCCUAGAGCCCGAGCAAACUGUGGGGAGAGAGAGUACUUCCAUCAAGGUCUCUGCUGUGUAUUUUGUGAAGCAGGUACCUUUGUUGCUGAUCACUGCAGUGCUUCACAUUUGAAAGGAAAAUGUGACCCUUGCAAGGAAGGAAAAGACUUUACUGCCCAUGCAAACGGCUUGGAGGGAUGCUUGCCUUGCAGACAGUGCAGAGAGGAUCAGAUAACUCUGAGACCCUGUACUCUGACACAGAAUGCUGAGUGCCAGUGCAAACAAGGGUAUUUCUGUGAUGAUGAGAGCUGUGAAGUGUGUCAGAGAAUUGGUCAAAAGCAUCCCGACGGGAAAGAAAUCCUGCUGAAUUCCACUGAUACUGCAGACCCAAGCUUAACCAAUCAAGGGAGGGAAGCUCUUGUUUGGUUUAUUCCGGUGCUUCUGUUGUCUGGUCUGGGUUUGCUAGUAGUUGUUGCUGUCGUUGUUAAAAAGCUGAAGUGUGAUAAAGCUGCCUCAGCUGAUAAAGAUGUAGAGGGAUAUCUGAUCUCUGGUAGGAUGUGUUCCUGUGAUUCAUAGAAGAUCAGAAAUUAAAUAGCAAGUGCCUGGUGGAUUCAAUAGCUGUGUGUAUCUGCUGCAGUUGGCCUUGUCAAUACUUGAAAACACUUCAGAGCCUGUGACCAGGAUGCUUUGGAAGUACGAGAACAGAGUCAGAUAAUUGUCAAAGAUCUCGCUCAAAGUGAACUGAGAGAGACCUUUGAUGUCUUUACA